UAAUUAAUAGAUUAGAUACGCAAAUUAAGUAACUCUCCAAAACAAUGGCUCUAAGAAUCAUAGCAAAUAAACUCACUAGUCUUAAAGGAUUUGGGAAACUAGUCAAUGUUCAACGCGGCUUAGCUUCUGCCAAUCAGAACCCACAACAACCUUAGCUCAUGAUAAGAUAGUGUCCUUCAGUUGACGACUAGCAAAAAGAAUGCUCAAAUAGCGAAAUAAGCUACUUUCAACUGGGAAGACCCAUUAAACUUGGAAUCCCAACUCCAAGACGAUGAGAUUGCCAUCAGGGAUUCGUUCAGGCUGUACUGCGAAGAUACACUUCUAUCGCGUGUGAUCGAGGCUAAUCGAGACGAAGUGUUCCACAAAGAGAUUAUGAAAGAACUGGGUUCGUUUGGAGUUCUUGGCUGUACAAUCAAGGGAUACGGGUGUGCUGGCGUGAAUAAUGUGGCCUAUGGUCUACUAACUCGCGAGGUAGAACGUGUGGACUCCGGUUAUCGAUCAGCUUUCAGCGUGCAAAGUUCGCUCUGCAUGGGUGCUAUUUACGACUACGGAAGUGACGCACAGAAACAAAAAUACCUUCCCAAAAUGGCCAAAGGGGAAUUGAUCGGAUGCUUUGGAUUGACGGAACCGAAUCACGGCAGUGAUCCAUCAUCUAUGGAAACUAAGGCCGUACAUGAUUCGAAGACUAAAACCUACGUGCUGUCAGGCAGUAAAACGUGGAUAACAAACUCUCCAAUUGCGGAUGUGCUUAUCGUUUGGGGCAAAACCGAGGACGGAAAAGUUCGAGGAUUUAUUAUCGAUCGUUCGGAAAGUUCUCACGGACUAGACACGCCAAAAAUUCAGGGUAAAUUUUCAUUGCGGGCAUCCGACACUGGAAUGAUCCUGAUGGAUGAGGUUCGCAUUCCGGAGGAGAACAUCUUGCCGAAUGUGUCCGGCAUGCGGGGGCCAUUCGGUUGUCUGAACAAUGCUCGCUACGGGAUUGCUUGGGGUGCACUUGGUGCAGCAGAAUCGUGCUUGAAAGUGGCCAGAUCCUACACACUGGAUAGAAAACAGUUCAAGCGCCCACUGGCCGCCAAUCAGCUGAUGCAGAAAAAAAUGGCAGAUAUGUUAACGGAGAUUUCGCUAGGCUUGGCCUCGUGUCUCCACUUGGGACGCCUGAAAGAUCGGAAGUUACACACGACCGAGAUGAUUUCGAUGCUCAAAAGGAACAACGCCGGAAAAGCGCUCGAGAUAGCUCGUGUUGCCAGGGACAUGCUUGGUGGAAAUGGCAUUUCCGAUGAGUACCACAUUAUCAGACACGUUAUGAACUUGGAAGCGGUGAACACGUAUGAAGGAACACACGAUAUUCACGCUUUGAUUCUGGGUCGUGCUAUUACUGGCAUCCAAGCAUUUUCGUAAAAUCUGUAACUAGAUCAUUUUAACCAGUUGCAUUUAUAAAACUGAAAUGAACGAAUCCAUUCGAAUGGAACGACCUAUUUUGAAUAGAAAUAACUAAUUAUUGUAAAA